AUGUCGAAGCAUGCCCUCUACCGCGCCGAGACUUGGGAAAACGAGGACACGAUGGGAGGCACACUUCCGGAUAAACCAACGCUUCAUCAAACGCUGUACGUCGGCGAGUCGCCGUUCGGCCUGUACGCGAUGAACGCGUUCGUCGAUGAGGACUCGUUCACGUUUGCGCCCAAGUAUCUGGGACCACCACUGCUCGAGGGGAGGAGCCGCGAUAGCACUAUCGGUGAGGAAUUCGGU